UUGAUGUUGGGACCCUUUGGCAGCUCGCUGAGAGCUUCACGACCGACGCCAUCUUUCGCCACGACACUUAGAAUCGGCUCCCGCUUGACUUCCCGUGGAUUUGCAUUAGAGGCCUCUCCCAAGCCUUCGCGUUUGCAGAAGUAUGCGAGGCGUACUGCUUACUUGGCUAUCGGACUCGGAGCAGCGUAUACGGCGGACAGAACUUUUUAUGCCUCUACGAUAACCAGGAAUCUACGCACCUUUUAUACGUGCGCUAUAAUCGCCCUAGAUUAUAAGAUAAACUUUGUCGAAUCCAAUGCUGCAGGCAUCCAACGAAUCCACGAACGAGUAGGCAACCGUGUUUAUGAUCUCCUGACCUCCAACGGUGGCCUAUACAUUAAAUUCGGUCAAGCCAUAGGUAAUAACGCCGUUCUCCUUCCAAAACCUAUCCAAGCCAAAUUCGCCUCUUUAUUCGACGAUGCCCCCCAAAUUCCCUUCUCCGAGGUCAAGCGCGUCUUCGUGUCCGAGUUCGGUAGACCGCCCGACGGACCGGAAGGCGUGUUCGAGAUAUUUGAGGAAGAGGCAAUCGCUAGUGCGAGCGUCGCACAAGUACAUAAGGCGAAGUUGUGGCCCAAACUUGGACAAAAAGAAGGUGAGGGUGAAUGGGUGGCUGUGAAGGUACAGAAACCGGCAGUGGGGAAGCAGAUGGAGCCUGAUCUCUUCGCGUAUAAGGCUGUCAUGUGGGCCUACGAAUACUGGUUCGAACUACCCGUCUUAUUUGUCGUCAAUUUCAUCUCCGAUCGUCUCCGUCAAGAACUUGACUUCGAAAACGAAGCUUCGAACGCCACCCGUCUCGCCUCCUUGAUCGCCUCUGACCCAUACCUCGCCCACCGCGUCCAUAUCCCAGUCGUUUACCCGGAAUAUACUACCAAGCGUGUCAUGACGGCUGAAUGGAUUGAUGGGGUGAGGAUGAGCGAUAGGGAUGGUGUGAUGAGGAUCAUGGGAGGUGUUAAAGAAAUAAUGCAGACCAUGGUCGAGCUCUUCGGCGCCCAGAUCUUCCGCUGGGGCUUCGUCCACUGCGACCCCCAUCCAGGCAACAUUUUCAUCCGUCCACAUCCUUCACCUUCCUACAAGAACCAACCGCAGCUCGUCCUCAUAGACCAUGGGUUGUACGUACAGUUUGGUGAUCAGUUCAGAAGGGAGUAUGCGACGCUUUGGAAAGGGUUACUGGCGGCGGAUUUGGAGACGGUGAAGGAGGUGACGACGGGCUGGGGAAUAGGGACGCCGGAGUUAUUUGCGAGUGCGACGUUGAUGCGGCCGGUUAGGGUGAGGUGGAGGAGGACGGGGGCUGAGAGAAAGUCGCAGGAGGAGUUUGACGAGUUUAAAGAGGGGGUGGGGAUGAAGGAGAGGUUGAAGAGAUUCUUGGUGGACACCGAUAAGAUGCCGAAGGAGUUGGCGUUUAUUGGGCGGAACAUGAGGAUUGUUCAAGGAAACAACCAAAUGCUCGGCUCACCCGUCAACCGUAUCAAAAUUACCGGCUUCUCUGCCUCCGCCGCUCUCACUCGUUCACCUAACCUUACAUUUCCCCAACGCCUUAGAGAAUACGCACACCAUCUCACAUUCCUCUUCGUCAUCUACUCUAUGGAUGUGGCAUUCUGGGCUAGCAGGAUGCGACAGUAUAUGAGAUUGAAGCUUAUGACGUGGGGAGUAGGAUCGAGAUUGUGGAGCUUUGGGGAAGGGGAAGAGGGGUUCGAGGAUGAGUUAGAGAGGGGAAUGAGGGAUAUGGCGAGGAGUUUUGGCGUUAAGGCGGAUCGUGGGAUGUUUGAGGGAUAG